CGUCUUGACUAGCCUCCGAGUUGGAACCCAAGGGUUUAAAUCAUCAUCCAUCAACCAUCACCUCCCGCGCUGCUAACUCUCAGGGUUUAUUGGCCGCGAUUUCCCGCACGCUUCUCGACGACGCCUCCAUGGACGUAGAAAUGGAGACUUCGCCGAGCUACUUCGAUCCUCAGGACCUCACCAUCAGGGAUCAGUUUCGCAGAUACAGGAAAAGGCACUCAACUUCCAGCACUUCAACCCCACCAGCAAACUCAGCUUCAAAAUCAUUUGAAGCUGGCCUUUUAUAUGAUGGCCAAAACAUCCAUAGUCCCACUAAUGCAGCACUUCUUCUUGAAAAUAUUAAACAAGAGGCUAAAAGUUUUGAUGCUGGUUAUCCAGAAGUUUCACCUGCAAAGACACAUUUUUCUUCCAGAAGGAGUUUGUCUGCUGAUACUCAUGCAGGUCCUGAUGUGGAUUUGGGUUUUGACUCUAUACGCCACUCGUUGAAGGCCUGUAAGCAAGAGGGUGACUCAUUGGGGGAUGGUGCUGAAACGAUAUUUACUUUAUUUGCAUCUCUGCUCGAUUCAUCUCUUCAAGGAUUGAUGUCUUUCCCUGAUCUGAUACUAAAAUUUGAGAAGGCAUGUAGAAGUGUUUCUGAGUCUAUCAGGUAUGGUUUGAAUAUAAGGCAUCGAGUUAUCGAGGAUAAAUUAAUGAGGCAGAAAGCUCAGCUUCUGCUUGACGAGGCUGCAACCUGGUCUCUUCUGUGGUACCUCUAUGGGAAAGUGACUGAAGAACUACCUAAAGAGUUAAUAAUGGUGCCAGGAACCUCUCAUUUAGUGGCUUGUGAGUUUGUUGCAGAGGACCAUACUGCACAGUUAUGCCUCCGUAUAGUUCAGUGGCUUGAAGAUUUAGCUUCUAAGGCACUUGACUUGGAAGCCAAGAUUUGUGGAUCUCAUGUUGGUACUUACCUCCCAAAUUCUGGAGUUUGGCAUCACACUCAACGUUACCUAAAGAAAGGAACAUCUGACAUGAACAUUGUUCGUCACUUGGAUUUUGAUGCCCCAACUCGCGAAAAUGCAAAUCUUUUAAUUGAGGACAAGAAACAAGACGAAUCUCUUUUAGAAGAUGUGUGGACUCUUUUAAGGGCUGGAAGACUUGAAGAGGCAUGUGAGCUUUGCCGGUCUGCUGGACAGUCCUGGAGGGCUGCUAGUCUAUGCCCUUUUGGAGGUUUGCAGCAAUUUCCUUCAGUUGAUGCUCUAGUGAAGAAUGGUAAAAAUAGAACUCUGCAAGCCAUUGAACUGGAAACUGGGAUUGGUCAUCAAUGGCAUCUUUGGAAAUGGGCAUCAUAUUGUGCAUCAGAGAAAAUAGCGGAGCUUGGUGGGAAAUAUGAAGCAGCAGUAUAUGCAGUCCAAUGUAGCAAUCUAAAGCGGAUGCUUCCCCUUUGCACAGAUUGGGAGUCAGCAUGUUGGGCAAUGGCAAAGUCUUGGCUAGAUGUACAGGUGGACUUGGAAGUCACACGUUCACAGGCAGGGGGAGAAGAUCAACUAAAAACUUUUGUAGAUAUACUUGAGGGAAGUCCUGGACAUGCUGAUAGCUCCCUUGAGUCUGCAGAUGCACCUGAAAAUUGGCCAUUUCAAGUUUUAAAUCAGCAACCACGGCAAAUUUCUUCUCUUCUUCAGAAGCUUCAUUCAGGGGAAUUAGUCCAUGAAACGGUUACUCGACAAUGCAAGGAGCAACAACGACAAAUUGAGAUGAUUUUAAUGGUAGGGGACAUACCACGUCUGCUGGACCUGAUGUGGUCAUGGAUAGCACCUUCAGAUGAUGAUCAGAGUGGAUAUAGGCCUCACGCAGAUCCUCAAAUGAUUCGAUUUGGUGCACAUCUAGUGCUUGUGCUUAGACAUUUACUUGCUGAUGAAAUGAAGGAUGCCUUCAGAGACAAAAUUCUAACUGUUGGUGAUCUUAUUCUGAACAUGUAUGCUAUGUUUCUGUUUUCAAAGCAACAUGAGGAGUUGGUUGGUAUAUAUGCUUCUCAGCUUGCACGUCACCGAUGUGUUGACCUUUUUGUACAUAUGAUGGAACUAAGACUGAACAGCAGUGUACAUGUCAAGUACAAGAUAUUCCUUUCUGCUAUGGAGUAUUUACCAUUUUCUACUGUGGAUGAUUCUAAGGGUAGUUUUGAGGAUAUUAUUGAGAGAAUUUUGUUGAGAUCCCGAGAGGUCAAAGGUGGAAAAUAUGAUAAGCUAUCGGAUGUGGCUGAACAGCACAGGUUGCAGAGUCUUCAAAAGGCUAAGGUCAUCCAGUGGCUUUGCUUUACACCUCCAUCUACAAUCACUAAUGUUAAAGAUGUUAGUGAAAAGCUUCUUAUCCGAGCAUUAGUACAUAGCAAUAUACUCUUCAGGGAGUUUGCUUUGAUUUCUAUGUGGAGAGUUCCAGCAAUGCCAAUCGGUGCCCAUACAGUACUUAGUUUUCUCGCUGAACCCUUGAAACAGCAUUCAGAAACUCUUGAUGAGGAUUACAAUGUUUCUGAGGAUCUGAGAGAGUUCCAAGACUGGAGCGAGUAUUACUCCUGCGAUGCAACCUAUCGCAAUUGGCUCAAAAAUGAAUUGGAGAAUGCAGAAGUUCCUGUACCUGAACUCUCACUGGAGGAAAAGGAAAGGGCCAUAUCAACUGCUAAGGAAACAUUGAAUGCAUCUCUUUCAUUGCUAGAAAGAAAAGAAAUACCUUGGUUGGUAUCCAUUGCCGAUCAUAUCUAUGAAUCUGCUGAACCUGUUUAUCUUCAACUUCAUGCAACUGCAAUGCUCUGCCUGCCGUCUGGAGAGUGUUUGUGUCCAGAUGCCACUGUAUGUACUACGUUAAUGAGUGCCCUCUACGCUUCAGCAGGGCAGGAGGUUGUCUUGAGUCGACAACUAAUGGUGAACGUCUCAAUAUCAUCAAGGGACAAUUAUUGCAUUGAGGUUGUUCUUCGUUGCUUAGCAGUGGCUGGAGAUGGACUUGGGUCUCAUGAACUUAAUGAUGGUGGUAUUCUUGGCGCCAUUAUGGCUGCUGGUUUCAAAGGUGAGCUUCCUCGGUUCCAAGCCGGAGUUACAAUGGAGAUAUCUCGAUUGGAUGCUUGGUAUUCUGACAAAGAUGGCUCUCUGGAGUGCCCAGCAAUAUACAUUGUGAAAGGCCUAUGUCGUAGGUGCUGUAUUCCAGAAGUCAUUCUUCGUUGCUUGCAAGUUUGUGUUUCUCUUGCUGGAGUAGGAGUCCUGGCAGAUUGCCAUGAUAAGUUGAUUGAACUUGUCGGCAGUUCAGAAACUGGUUUCCUUCACUUGUUCAGUCAGCAACAAUUGCAGGAGCUUUUAUUGUUUGAGAGGGAAUACACAAUCUGCAAAAUGGAACUCGCACAGCAAUGAUUAUUGCCCAUUGUGCAGAACUUGAUCUAGGAAGGGGGAAGCCUUCUGGAUAAUGAUUGAUUUCAUCCUUGCACUACUUUUUCUGCUUCUCUCUCAUUCACCUACCUUGUACAUAAUGUUGUCUUAUUUAAAAUACAUGUUAAUCGGAAUUUGAAUGCCCGCGGCUUGCCCGAAGUAUUACCAUCUACUAUUGGUAACCAAAGCGUUGGGCCCUUUUGUUAAAAUAUAGCCUAUUAAUAGCAUAUACUACACUUGAAAUACGUA